AUGAAGGCCAAGAACUCUGCCUGGAUCAAUGAUAUUCGAGCGGGAACAGCCCCUUCAUGUGGAAACCACAUCAAAUCAAGCUGCAGCUUGAUCGUGUUUAACUCUGACCAUCCAGGCAUGCUGGGCAUUGUGCCUUUGGAAGGCCAGGGAGAGGACAAGAGGUGUGUGACCCACCUGGGCUGCCAUUCAGGCCUCAUCACAGACUUCGAUUUCUCUCACUUUGAUGACUUCCUCCUGGCCACGGCCUCGGCAGAUAGGACGGUUAAGCUGUGGCGGCUGCCAGGCCCAGACCAGGCCCUUCCCACAGCCCCUGGACUGGUACUGGGUCCUGAGCCACUCCAGGUGAAAGUGCUGCAGUUUCACCCGACCACUGAUGGCAUCCUGCUGACCACAGCUGGCUCAGCUGGGAAGGUCUGGGAUUUGGCCAGGCAGCAGCCCUUUACAGAGCUAGCAGCCCAUGGAGACCUGGUGGAGAGUGCAGCAUGGAGCCGAGAUGGUGCCCUCCUGGCCACAGCUUGUAAGGACAAGCAGCUGCGAAUCUUCGACCCCAGAGCAAAGGCUGAGGCUUCUCAGAACACGCAGGCCCAUGACAACUGCAGAAGUGGCCGGCUGUUGUGGACAGGCACCCAGGAGCAGCUUGUGUCGACGGGUGCCAACCAGGUACGGGAACAUGAAGUGAAGCUUUGGGACACCAGGCACCUGUCCAGUGCCUUGACCUCCCUCACCUUGGACAUCUCACCGGGGUCCUUGAUUCCUGUGUUGGACCCAGACUCUGGGCUUCUCAUCCUGGCAGGAAAGGGUGAGAGUCAACUCCUCUGCUAUGAAGUGGCCACACUGCAGCCAGCACUGAGCCCAGUGAACCAGUGCAUCCUGGAGAGUGCCCUGCGUGGGGCAGCCCUUGUGCCCCGAAGGGCACUGGCUGUCCUCGACUGUGAGGUACUCCGAGUCCUGCAGCUGAGUGACACAGCCAUUGUGCCCAUUAGCUACUAUGUGCCCCGAAAGGCUGUGGAGUUCCAUGAGGACCUGUUCCCUGACACUGCAGGCUGUGUGCCGGCCUCUGAGGCCCAGGCCUGGUGGGCUGGGAACAACGAGCAGGUGCAGAAGAUCAGCCUCAAUCCAGCCCACAGGUCCCACACCAGCUUCACGUCCCCCCUACUGCCCCCAAUGGAGCCAUUACCCCCUGAGCCCACCCAACCUGUAGAGAUGCUACUGGACAACACAGAGCCCAAUGAUGGAUUCUCCUCCCCACCCAGCUCGAUGGCCUCACCAUCAACGCCCUCCAGCCUGGGCCCCUCUAGAUCCAGUACCAGUGGUAUUGGCACCAGCUCCAGCCAGAAGUCACUGCAGAGCCUGCUGGGCCCCAGCUCCAAGUUCCGCCACACCCAGGGCACCGUUCUGCACCGAGACAGCCACAUCACCAACCUCAAGGGGCUCAACCUCACUACACCUGGGGAGAGCGACGGCUUCUGUGCCAACCAGCUGCGUGUGGCCGUGCCCCUCCUCAGUAGCGGUGGGCAGGUGGCCGUACUAGAGCUGCGGAAACCUGGCCGCCUGCCGGACACUGCAUUGCCCACGCUGCAGAAUGGGGCAGCUGUGACUGACCUUGCUUGGGACCCCUUUGACCCAAACCAUCUUGCUGUUGCUGGGGAGGAUGCCAGGAUCCGGCUAUGGAGAGUGCCCGAGGGUGGCUUAGAGGAAGUACUCACCACACCAAAGAUGGUGCUCACAGGCCACACGGAGAAGAUCUACUCCCUGCGCUUCCAUCCACUGGCAGCCAAUGUGCUGGCCUCCUCCUCCUAUGACCUCACCAUCUGCAUCUGGGACCUGCAGGCUGGAGUUUCCAGAAUAAGGCUGCAGGGCCACCAGGACCAGAUUUUCAGCCUAGCCUGGAGUCCUGAUGGGAAGCAGCUGGCUACUGUGUGCAAAGAUGGGCAUGUGAGAGUCUUUGAGCCCCGAAGUAACCCUGAGUCCCUGCAGAAGGGCCCUGGGCCUGAAGGGGGCCGUGGAGCCCGUGUUGUCUGGGUAUGUGGUGGCAGCCAUCUGCUGGUGUCCGGCUUUGAUAGCCGCAGUGAACGCCAACUGCUGUUAUAUGAGCCUGGAGCCCUGGCAGGGGGCCCCUUGGCAGUACUGGGCCUGGAUGUGGCCCCCUCCACCCUGCUACCCAGCUAUGACCCAGACACAAGCCUGGUGCUUCUGACGGGCAAGGGGGACACUCGCGUGUUCUUGUAUGAGGUGCUCCCUGAGGCCCCUUUCUUCCUAGAAUGCAACAGCUUCAUGUCACCAGACCCCCACAAGGGCUUCAUCCUUCUGCCUAAGACCGAAUGUGACAUUCGGGAAGUGGAGUUUGCCCGAUGCCUAAGGCUCCGUCAGAUGUCCCUGGAGCCUGUGGCCUUUCGGCUGCCCCGUGUCAGGAAAGAGUUCUUCCAGGACGAUGUAUUCCCAGACACUGCCAUGAGCUGGGAGCCUGUGCUCAGCGCCCAGGCCUGGCUGGGGGGUGCCAAUGGGAAGCCCCGGCUCCUCUGCUUGCAGCCCCCCGGCAUGACCCCAGUGAGCCAGGCCCCCUGCAAGACCUCAACUCGGCGGGCCCCCUCGUCAGCACUCUACCUGGAAGAGAAGUCAGACCAACAAAAGAAAGAAGAGCUGCUGAAUGCCAUGGUGGCAAAGCUAGGUAACCGGGAGGACCCCCUGCCCCAGGACUCUUUUGAGGGUGUGGAUGAGGAUGAGUGGGCCAAGUACCUGGCCCAGAUUAUUGUGAUGGGCGUGCAGGUGGUGGGCAGGGCCUUUGCCCGGGCCCUGCGGCAAGAAUUUGCAGCUAGCCGGGUAGCAGCUGAUGCUCGGGGGCGUGCUGGCCACCAGUCUGCUGCUGCUUCCAGCCUCUCUGGCCUCAGCUUGCAGGAGGCCCAGCAAAUCCUCAACGUCUCUAAGCUGAGCUCUGAGGAGAUACUGAAGAAUUAUGAACACUUGUUCAAGGUGAAUGACAAGUCUGUGGGAGGCUCCUUCUACCUGCAGUCCAAGGUGGUCCGAGCAAAGGAGCGCCUUGAUGAGGAACUGAAGAUCCAGGCCCAGGAGGACAGAGCAAAAGAACAGCCAACCAGGACAUGA